AUGAACUAAAACAUUAAAAUCGCUUUACUUUAUUCAAUUAAAACAGAUAAUGCACAAGAUUUUUAAAUUGAUAAAAUAGAUUUUUAUAAUAAGGAUACACAAUUGUUAUAUGAUAAUAAAGAAGAUGAAAUACUAUAAGUACAAGGUUUAUUCGGUAGUCAGUAAGAAGUAUAAAAAGAGGUCGAAUUGGAAAUAGGAAAAUAAUUAGACCUAUCAUCUUAUUUAAAUUAUUCUGAUAAAGGAAAUCUUAUAGCAAUCAAACACAAUACUGUGAUGAUUUUUUGUUUAAUUCUUCCCGAUAAUUUUUUUAUAACAAAACCAAUAUCAGAAAAAGCUACCGAAAUCGUUCUUUUUAGAAUAUUACAUGAUUUUACUGAUAAUAUUAAAAUGUGUUUCAACGAAAUCGUUUUUAAGGAUUGGUAUCAAGAAAACAUGAUUCCCUUUAGUUCAUAAAUAAUGAAAAGAAAUGAUUAUGAUUUUAAGGAGGAAACUAAUAAAUAAAUAGAAACUUAUGAUUGUAAAUGGAUAUUAAUAAAUUAUAAAAUAUUAGAAAAUUAUAUCAACUCAUAGUCACUGUCACCUUAAUUAACUAUUAAAGAAUAACUUAAAUUUGAUUAGAUUGAUGAUUAAAACUUUGAUACUUCUUAUGAUGAUUUCUUAAAUGAUUUGACUAAAUAAAUAUUAAAUACUCAAAAUAAGCAAAUAUCUUCUUUGUGCAAUCUAUUUAAGAAAGAAUAUUAAACUUUAUAAUUGUAAUAAUAGCUUAACUCAAUAUCGAACACUCUAUUUGAAGAAAUUCUAAAUAUAAAAGAUGAUUUCGUAAAAGAUUUGUUAAAAAAGAUUAAAAGAUUUUGGUAAAUAGGACCAUUGAACGAAGAGUAAAAUCAAAAAAUAUUAAUUGAAACAUAAUUAUCAGAUAUUCUUUAGACUUUGUUAAUAAAAAACAAUAUAUUUAUAAUUUAAAACAAUGAUUUUUAACAUAAAUAUGAAAACGACUUUUUUGAAGACGUAAAAUAAUUUAUCAAAAAAAUUGAAAAAACAUUAAAAAAUGUAAAAUCCUAAUUUUUAAAUUAAAAAAAAUAAAUAAAAGAAGAUCUUAAGAAAUAGACAUAUUAUCGUAUUUAAAAGAUAAAUUUUGAGUUUUGUCGAUGUCAAUAAGAACAAGAAAAAAUUAAAAAUAUUGUAUAGUUAGACGAUGAAUAAGAAAUAAUUAUAAAUAAUAGUUGUCUAGAGCUUCCAUAAGGCAAAUUCACGAUUAAAGAAGUAUUUUAAACCAAAGAAAAAGCUAAUAUCUAUAUUAUAAAUGUUAUAGAUUGCCAUAAUUCAUCUAAAUGCAAGAAUUAUAUAUAUUUCCAUUUAAACAAAGCACCAAAAAUAAAAUUAAUUAAAUAAUUCGAUUUUACUUGUGUGAAUGAGGCUGUUUAUUUUCAUGAUUAUAAUAGAGGAUAUUUGUACAUUUUUAAUUUUAAAAAAUAUUAUGUGCAAUAAUUAAUUAUAACAGCUCUUGGAAUAAUUUUGAACGAAAAUUGCUUUUGCUAUUAAUAGGAAUCAAAUCAUGAAUUUAUUGUUUCUUAGGCAGCGUAUCUUAAUAAUUGCAACCAAUUUAUAGUUCUAUCAAAGGACGGUGUAGUAUAUAAAUAAUAAGAUUCAGGAAAAUAUUUUGAGAAAGUUUACUGUAUUAUUAAAGAUUAAAAAAAUCAAAAAUAGACAAAAUUCAUACCAAGCAUCCAACCUGAUUAAAAUUAUAAUUAAUUACUUACUUGCCCAAGUGGAAAAUACUUUUAUCUUGCCAAUUCUUAUUGUUGUGAUAGAUAUGAUUAAAAUUGUUUGAGAAUUGAUUGUAUAUAAAUAGAAGGGACUAUUAAAAUAUUUUAUGACUGCCAUGAUGUUAUAAUUUUAACUCAAAUUGAUAAAUAAAUUGAAUCUAGAAAAGCUAAAGUUAUAAGUAAUUUAGUGGCUAACAAAAAAUUUAAUAUGUUAUAAAUUGAUAAAAAUAAAGUAAUCGGAAAUCCUGGAUUAGAUAUAGCAAAAGGAUCUUUCAGCAAAUUUGGUCCAAACUCUUAAUUCUUAUUAAAAGAAAAGAAAAGAAAUAUUUAACUAUACUUUAAUCAAAAAUAUUCUGAAAUAGCGGAACGUUAUUUAGACAAACUGAAUGUAAGCGAAAUCAUACUAAGUUUUACAAAUAUUUAAAUGACACAAUCUAAAAGUGAUUAAAUAAAAAAUAUUAUUUUUUCAAGAAGUCCGUUGUAAUUAUGUACAAUUGAAAAUAGCAAUUUAAUCCCUCUAAAUGGUGGAUUUAGAGAAAAAACAGAAGUUUAAAAGAUCAUUAGUGUAGAACAAAAGGUAAAAUAAUUACAUUUAGGAUUUUUGGAAGAUCAUUUAUCAAAUAUAAAUAAUAAAAUAUUUGUUGUUGGAAUUUUAGGUAAAUAAUCAUCAGGCAAAAGUUAUUUAUUGAAUAGAGUUUUUGGUACUAGAUUUUCAGUAUCAUCAGCAAGAUGUACAGAUGGUGUAUGGGGAAGUAUUGCUUAUGUUGAAGAUUAAAUAUUUUUAAUUUUAGAUUGUGAAGGAUUAUUUAAUGGAGCUAGAACUGAAAAAGAAGAAAUUAAAAUGUUGGCAUUUCUAACUGCUAUAAGUGAUAUUACAAUAUUAAAUUCCGAUUUAACUUUUAGUCGUCAUCUUAAUGAUCUCUUUGAUAAUUUAGUUGAAGCAUCUAAACAAUUAAAUGAUGAAAAACUGUUUAAAGGAUUUCUAUAUUUUGUCUUAAGAGAUGUAAGUUCUUAAGAUAAUUAAGGUGCAGAGACAGAAUUAUUAAAGAAUCUUGAAAGAUUAAAGGUAGGGGGAUCAGAAGAAAUAAUAUUUUUGAAUAAAUUAUUUAACAAUAAACUUGCAGUAGAGAAAUUAUGUAAUAACGAAAAUAAAUUAUUUGAUCAAUAACUCAUUAAUGUAAGAACAUACUUUUUAGAGUAAUCCGCAAAAUCUAAUCAUUGGGAAAAUGGAACUGAAUUGACAAAAAUGAUCAAAAUUCUUUUAUGUUAAUUAGAAUUAUCUGAUAAUACAAACGCAAGUUUAGUGAAUUUGUAAAUAAGUAUAGAAAGAAUUUUUGAAGAAAGUACAAAAUAAUGGUAUGAGUACUCAUUAAAUUAAGCAAAAGAUGAUAAGUUAAAGUUAUCUUAGAGCAAUUAUUAAUUUAAAAAAUAUGAAGAAUAUGAGCAUAUCUCAUAAAAUACAUCAAUCCUCCUUGAGUAACUUUAUAAAGAUCUAAAAAUGCAAGAUUCCAUCUAAAAUCAUAAUUAGAAUGUAAUUGAAGCAAAUUUCUAGUUUCAAUUAUUGAACAAAGAAAAAAUUAAAUUUUAUAAAAAACACAAUUAGAAGUUGACCUUAUUAGUAAUUAAGAAGUUUAAGGAAUGA